AAAUUGAUUUCAGUGUUUUUUUUUUCCUCGCUUCCUCUCUACAUUCACGACAUUCACACAAAAAAAAAAAAUUAAAAAAAAUUAAAAAUUCUGCUGCCUUCGUUGCUGCUGCUGCCCCACUGCCGCCUGCCUCAGCCGGAGUUUCCACCUGCUGCCACCGUUGCCCAGCCACCGGACCACCGGUCCAUUGUCCUUCUCUCUUGAGAGGACUUCGUAGAGGGUGACUUCUAGUCUUAAAGUGGCCAAUCAAUUUGUGUACUCAAGUUUGCCAUUAACAAAAAUGGAGGAAGAUAACCGAGAAGAAGUGAAAUCAUUCAAAGACCUAAAUAUUUGCGAUCUUUUAGUUGAAGCUUGUGACAAAUUAGGAUGGACUGCUCCUACUAAAAUUCAAGCUGAUUCCAUUCCUCAUGCUCUUGCAGGCAAGGAUAUAAUUGGACUUGCUCAAACUGGGUCUGGUAAAACUGGGGCUUUUGCAUUGCCAAUAAUUCAGGCUUUACUGGAAGCCAAAUCACCUCAGCCAUUCUUCGGUUGCGUGCUUUUGCCCACUCGGGAGCUUGCAAUCCAAAUUGCCGAACAAUUUGAAGCGUUAGGAGCUAGCAUUGGAUUAAGAACAGCAGUGCUUGUUGGGGGAGUGGACAUGAACCAGCAACAGAUUGCUCUUGCAAGACGGCCUCACAUUGUAGUAGGAACACCUGGACGCCUUAUGGAUCAUUUGACAAAUACCAAGGGGUUUUCACUUCGUCCCUUGAAAUAUCUGGUAUUGGAUGAGGCUGAUAGAUUGUUGAAUCAGGACUUUGAAAAAGCACUUGAUGACAUUUUAAAAGUUAUUCCUGUUGAGAGAAGGACUUACUUGUUUUCUGCCACUAUGACCAAAAAGGUCAAGAAGCUCCAAAGGGCUUGUUUAAGGAACCCAGUGAAGAUCGAGUCAGACUCAAAAUAUUCUACAGUUGACACUUUGAAGCAGCUAUAUCUUUUUAUUGCUGAUAAAUACAAGGAUUACUAUUUUGUAUAUAUAUUGACGGAUACACCUGGAAGCACUAUGGUUUUCACUCGUACAUGUGAUGCAACUAAUCUGCUAGCACUCAUGCUUCGUAACCUUGGUUUUAGGGCUGUUCCCAUCAAUGGGCACAUGUCUCAGGCAAAACGACUCGGGGCGCUGAACAAGUUCAAAUCUGGCGAUUGCAAUAUCCUCAUUUGCACUGAUGUAGCUAGUAGAGGGCUCGAUAUUCCUUCGGUGGAUAUGGUGAUAAAUUAUGAAAUUCCCAGUGACCCUAAGAAUUACAUACAUCGGGUAGGGAGAACAGCUCGUGCUGGAAGGUCAGGGGUAGCCAUCUCAUUAGUAAAUCAGUAUGAGGUUGAGGAUUAUAUCCGGAUAGAGAAGUUGAUAGGCAAAAAGUUACCGAAACAUCCAGCUGAGGAAGCCGAAGCACUGGUCCUGUCUGAACGUGUUAAUGAGGCAAAAAGGAUAUCAUAUAUGAAAAUAAAGGAAUCUGGCGGGAAGAAUAAAAGAAAAGGCAGGGGAGAUGAUGAUGGAGAGGAAUUUGAAAAAUACACGAGCAAAGGCAACAAAGGCGGUGGUAAAACAUUCAAGAAGUCGAGGAGAUGAUGCUUUUUACUUGCAUAGACAAACAUGAAGUAUUAAAGUAGGGUUUACAAUGAUUUUGUUAGAUACACUCUUCCAGGAUAAUAUUUAUUUAGUUUCUUUUUUCUGCCUAUUUAUUGAACACUAUUGCUGAGAUAUGCGACUAAUACAAGCAUGCUUAUCGUACAUCUAUAAGAAAAGUCUAUCUGCAUCUUGUUG